AGCCGCGUUCAAAGGGACAAGACGCCCAAAGUCGCCGCGAGACCGUCAUAGCUCACUAAUUUUGUCCUUUCUGACCUUCCGUAGGUCUCUUUUUCUCCCCCCACCCCUCGGAGUAGCGAUGGUGGAGAGGCCUGGGAGUUCCUCAGAGUCUCUUCGCUAUGCUGAGUACAUAGCCCGAAGCGGCGGCGGCGGCCAAGGGCCGGACAUCAACCAAGGACUGGCCAGAUCUGUAAUAGGAGUUGGUCUUGGCAUAGCAGCCAUUGCUUUUGGAGGUCGUUAUGCAUUCCAGCUCUGGAAACCACUAGAACAAAUCAUCACGGAGGCAGUAAGAAAAAUUUCACCUACUACCCUUUCUUCCUAUUACAGAGGUGGAUUUGAACCGAAAAUGAAUGUUCGAGAAGCUAGUCUUAUUUUAGGUAUAAGUCCAUCUGCUGGCAAGGCCAAGAUUAGAAAUGCUCACAGGCGAAUCAUGAUUUUGAACCACCCAGAUAAAGGUGGUUCACCAUACUUGGCAACAAAAAUCAACGAAGCAAAGGAUCUGUUGGAAUCAAGCAGGAAACAUUAGAGCCUUUCACCGCAUGUCAGAAAUUUUAAGAGGCCAUGCAACAGCUUUUUGCUUUCUCAUUUGUACUGGACCGCAGUGUGGAAACCAGGCUUUGGUUUGUUAAUAAAGUGUCAACAAUAUUUGGAGAUGCAGUUUCAAAGAGUUCAUGAUAAAAGCUGAUUCUACUCUACAAACCACAUUUGUGGCCUCCUUAGGUGGAUAUUACCCUUGAAGUGUAAGACCAUCAUGCAGAAAAGUUAGAAUUAAAAUUAUCAUUUUAUAGUAUGUAAAAUCCAGGUUUUUAGUUUUUCAUCGGCAAAAUUUGUCUUUUGUUUUCUUUGGGAAACUAGGAGUGUUGUAGAUCAUAAUAAUUAUACUGCCCAAAUUCAAACUCCUGUUCCACCAUGAACGUUAUGAAAUGGAUGCUUCGGACGUGUCAAUUUUUCCCCAUCCUAAAUCUAACUCAUAGAGAAGUGGGCAAAUCCUCUUUUACCUAAGUUAAUUGUUUUUCUAUUUUUUAUUUUUAGAUAUUUUAAAAUCUAAAUUGUCCUCUUGGGUCCCAGCCAAGCAUUAUUCGUUCCAUUGGUGAAGGUUGAAAAGGCCUGCAAUCUUGAAUGUUUUUUUUACCUUGCUUUUGAAUUCAUGGAUUAAGGUUCUAAAUCCAAACCUUGGCUCUUUUUUCCUCAAAUUGUGUGGGAAUGAUGGGAUAGUUGAAUUUUGGCUGUUGCUGUAAAUCCAGUAUUGAUCGUUGAGAGGCCGCUGAUAAUCCCCAUGUCUUGGGCAAUGGAGGAAAAGGCAUCUGGUUUGUGCACCAAAGAGGCAACUGCCCCACCACGGGGUCACAGUUGUCCUAAGCUGUCGUCCAGGGGACUGUGGAUUCCUUUAUGCAGCAGCUUCCAAUGACAGUUCAUUGUCACCUCUUCUAAUGCAAUUUCCUGUAAGAGAAAAACAAAGUCUCUCUUUGCCCCCCCAAAAAAAUCUUUUCAGAGUCUGUUGAUUUGGGGGACUUCACCCAAGCUUGUGGAUCCACAACUUACACAGUCCCCAACCCAACACAUUGAGUGCACUUCCCAGUUGGAACCUUUCAUAUUGACACCAUAAUCUGUCUUUUCUUGAUUACUGUGGAAACAUGCAGAGUUGCUCAACCUUGAUAUUACUAAUAAUCUGAACUAAUAUAUUUAUCCUACUCUUGACAAUCAGUUACUUCAUUAAAAAUGAUACCAUUGUAUUCAUAUUUGUGGGGUGUUUUCAACAUCAAUAUCCUCUCCAAUAACAUUUUUCCUGUGGCAUAUUUUUGUCUCAGUCCCUAUGUCUUAACUUGGAUAAAAGUUGCUGUUAAAUGAAGGGUACAAAUUUGACAUGCUCAAUGAAAAGGUUUGAUUUACUUUCACUAAUGAGACAGGUGUCACUGGGAAAAACAAAGGUGGUUCUUCUCUUUCAUAAUCUCUGUGUGAUCUGGCUUUUUCCUCAAAGCAAAAUUGCUCUGGUAAGCCAUGAAAAGAAUCUUUCGGUUGAUUUUGUGAGAUGAUGUGAGCUGCUAAUUCCCAUUUGAAUGCUUGCUUUUGUUGCUGAGGAAAACUCUGUCAAGAGCUGACAUAAAAAUGUAAUGGAAACAAA